GGGGCUUUGUAAGUCCGCCAUGAUGGAUGGACUAAAACGUCAUAAACGUACAUAUUUUGCACUCAUACUGUAAGAUAUAUAGAACAAAACAGAUCAAAAUGGAUGGUUAAAUCGAGAAAAGUGAUACUAAGCUAUCAUACAGUGCGUCUAUUUCCUCAAGAGAGUGACUUAGGAGGGAGUAAACGGUGAACGAAUUUUACCCCAGCUCAUUAGCAUAAAUCGGGGUCAGCACGAUGAGCAAGCUGUCUUUUAGGGCUCGGGCCCUCGAUGCCACCAAGCAAAUGCCUAUCUUCAAGGCUGAAGACAUUCCCGAUCUACCGGAUUUUGCAGCCAUUAAUCGAGCUGUGCCGCAAAUGCCCACGGGGAUGGAGAAAGAAGAGGAAACGGAGCACCAUUUGCAGAGAGCAUUAACAGCACAACAAGUAUAUGGUACAGCUGAAGCCCUAGAGAUACCUGUGCCUGAGGUUGCAGGGGUAGAAGCCUACAAUGCACUCUAUAAAGGCUCAGAAGAUUUUACUUACAAGCCACCUAAGCAAUUUGUGCAUGUGCAAGCAUUUGGAGUUGAGCAUGACAUCCCAGACUAUGAUAUGGACAGUGAGGAUGAGCAGUGGCUCACAAAACAAACCAAAAAGAUGGAAGUUACACCAGUGAAAUUUGAAGAAAUGAUGGACAGACUUGAGAAAAGUAGUGGUCAGCAGGUGUUGACUCUUCAAGAAGCAAAGCUAUUGUUGAAGGAGGAUGAUGACCUUAUUAUUGCUGUAUAUGACUACUGGCUCAAUAAACGACUAAGAACUGUCAGCUCCCAUAAGCAACAUGGUUUAAUUCCUCAGGUAAAAACAGAGAAACGAGAUGGGUCCACUACAAACAAUCCGUAUGUCGCUUUCCGGCGCAGAACAGAAAAAAUGCAAACCAGAAAGAAUCGUAAAAAUGACGAGGCUUCCUAUGAAAAGAUGCUCAAAUUAAAAAGAGAUCUCAAUAGAGCUUUAACACUACUAGAAAUUAUUAAAAGGCGGGAAAAGAGUAAAAAAGAAUUAUUACAGUUAACCGUAGAAGUUGUAGAUAAAAGAUAUGCACUAGGUGACUUCGAAGGCCGGGCUUAUGAUCAUGCAAUGUCUCAACGUCACAUACGACCACAAUACUUUCCACUACCAAAUAAUUGGUCUAGGGAUGAAAAUUAUGUCAGAAAGAAGCGAGAAUAUCGGAAAAGAAAGCAUAAAAACUCUGUUCAUUUAUCAGCUCCCUCUUCCCAAAGUCAGUCAAACCUUCCCGUGUAUACAGAGGUGGACAUCCUCAAUCCCGAUAUGUAUAGUUCAGAAGAAGAAAUAUCCCCUCCAUUAUCCGCAUCUGACCAUGAAGAUGAAAAUGAUCCUGAUGGUAUCUAUGGCUUCAAGCGCAAAGCUGGCUGUAACUACCUUGCUCCAAUCCCAGAUGGUCUUGGCAAUUGGUCUUGGGCAGGGCAAGAGGAAGGUGGAUUUGGAGAUAAAAAAUAUCGCUACUCUCUUACGUCUUUAUCAAUACCACGUCGAAGCGUCGGGUUUGCCAGGCGGCGAGUGGGCAGAGGUGGCAGGAUAAUACUAGACCGAGCCAGCACUGCCUGGGAUGAUGGCUUGUUUGACUUAGACUUCACUUCUUCAGGUUACCAUACACCAAAUGGUCUUCAAGAUUAUCCCUCCUAUAUAAAGGAAAGAAAAAUUUUACAUUUCCGUCCUGGAACACCCACUGAUGAGCCACUAUCACCUACAACAGUGCCAUUUCGUGCCCUCUCUCCCAUCGACACGGUGCCUACAGUAACAGAGUUUAAUAUUGAGAGUUUUCAUGAUCAUCAGGAGCAAUUAAUAGAAAUGCAAAGGCAGCAACAAGAACAAUUAUUAAAACAAACUGAUUUAGAUUCAUCAUUUAGUUUAGAACAUUCCUUUAGUUCACAACCAACGUCAAAGUUUACAUUGGACUCUGCGACGGCACAAUUUGCAGCAUCGGCAGUUGUUAGUACUACACAAAGUCUCAGUCAAUUAUCAGAUACAACAAACACAGUCACUACGACAACAGUCACCCUCAAUGGACCAAUCACAGACCCAGAUGGAACAAGUUGCUUCUCAAUAUCACCAGCUGCUAGUGUUCUACAACUCAACUAUCCAAUCAUGCCACAGAAUGCCACUAUACCUACUCCUGUAUCCAUAGCAACAGGUCCAGUUUCCAUAGCAACAGGGUUAAGUUCACCAUCGCCAGUCAGUGUACUAGCAACAAAGGCAGUCACGCCCACCCAUCCAGUUACCAACCUACUUAAGGUUGGGUCCACAGCCAACAAUAAUGCUUUGCCAAAGGAUGACCAUGACACUGAAAAUACAACACUGAUUGAGAGUCUUGUGAAAGAGAAGGUCGCAGCAAUGGAGGUGACCUGACAGCAAGCCGCACAACAAUUGGGUAGAUGUCAAAUAUACCUGCACUGUGCCAAGUGCUGCAUGUUAGUGUUGCUGUGCUAUGACAAACGCAUCUGGGAGUCAUGUAUCGGGGGUGUCACCUUGGCAUUUGGGGUGUCAGCUAGGCAUUAAGGGUGUCAUCUAGGCACUUUUGAAGGCCAGAGGAUGACAGGUCAAUUGAGACCAACCUUAGGAAUCAAAUGAAAAAUAGAAUGAAAAUAACUAAGAGAAUGAAUACAUAGAAGUUGAAUAUGAUUUACUGAGUAAAUCAAGAAUGAAUUGCAAAUUUGUAAUAAAGUUAUUUGGAAGACAGAGAAAAUAGGACUGAACAUUGAGAACAGAACAAGGAACCAGAAUGAGUAAGGGAUUUGUACAGUAUGGUAUACAAAUAUAUAUAUCAGUAUGUACAACUGUAAUGUAAAUGGAAGUGUAAGAUAAGUUUCAUGUUGUGAUUGAUGGCAUUCAACUUGUUGCUAGGUGCAUUUGGGUUAAUUAAUCCUAGAUUUCAGUGUUCAACAUUUUACCUGGGGAAUGGGGCAAUACUUAGAUGAAAUAGAAUAUUACACCCUGGUCAAUCACACAAAAAGCUCAAUUUUGUAUUCAACAUGUUUAUGUAAAUGUUAAUUUGUUUUUAUGUCACCACAAGAGGGAUGACAUAUCAUUAGUGUUUCACUAAUUCAACGUGGAGAUUUCUGUUUUAGAAUAUGUAAACAAAUUUUUGUAUUCAUUAACAUUUGGACUUGUUUAAACUGACAGACAAGGAGGGGUUUCUCCCCUUGCAGUGACAUUAGGCUUGGAUAGAAAUAUUUUUCACAGUUAUCAAUUUUAAGAAGAAAUAUUGGGAAAUAAGUUCAGCUAAAAUUUUCUGGCUUGAUAUGAUGGCUUUAUUUUU